AUGGACCUGCUUCAUCGGACUCAUAUGCUAGAUGCUAGUCCAGUCUCUACUCCAUCCAGUAGUAAGCGGCUCAGUCUCACUGAUGGCACUCCAUUGGCUGAUGGAACCGAAUAUAGGAGUGUUGUGGUAGCCCUGCAGUACCUUACUCUCACUCACCCUGAUAUUUCUUAUGUUGUCAACCAAUUAUGUCAGUUUUUACAUUCUCCUACUACUGUUCACUGGGUAGCUGUGAAACGUAUUUUGCGGUAUCUGAAACAUACUCCAACUUCUGGCUUGUUUUAUGCUCCUAGCUCUCUGAAUUUGGUUGCUUACUGUGACUCUGAUUAUGCUGGUGAUCCUGACACUAGAAUUUCAACUGGUGGCACUUGUAUAUAUUUGGGCUCUAAUCUUAUCUCUUGGAGUUCAAAGAAGCAGAAUGAGGUUUCUCGUUCAAGUACUGAGACUGAGUAUCGUCAACUGGCCUAUACCGCUGCCCAUCUUUCAUUAUCAUUAUAUCCGUGA